GCCUCCUUCGCUAAGGCCCUUUGCGGCUCCGCCCCUUUUAUUUUUCGUGGCGCGAUUGGUUCCGUCAGACCGGCUCGAAAAGUCGAUGACGGAAGUUUGGACCUCCCGGCGACCCGUAGUUCUCCUCCUCACGCACUUUCGCUUCCUGGUUUCUCUCAUACAUGCCUUGAGUUUGAGGUUUUUACGACGACACUGUCGUUAUUAAUGCUCGCUUUGCGGCACCGCCUCCCGGUCUGAAAGGAAAGCGCGAGGAUGUUCGGCGGCGCUGAAGAGGAGGACGCGGACUUCCUGUCUCCGACCGGAGGGGCCAGACUGGCUUCGCUCUUUGGGCUAGAUCAGACUGUUACUGGUGGCGGAAAUGAGUUUUUCCAAUACACAGCACCCAAACAACCUAAGAGAGGACAGCCAGCAGCUGCUGCAGGUCCACCAUCUCAGAAGCCGCCUGCUCCAACAUCUGCCUCAGUACCACCAUCUGUCUUCAUAGCUACAGCUGUUCAUGCCUAUCGAUUUACAAAUGGACAAUAUGUGAAACAAGGCAAAUAUGGAGCUGCAGUGGUGGGGAGCCAUGCAACUAGAGAGUACAGACUCCUCCUGUAUAUAAAUCAACAGCAGCAAAUUGCAGCUGCCAAGAUCCAUUCAGCAUUUGUAUUCACGAUCCAGCCCAACAACUAUAGUACAUUCUAUGAUGAUCAGAGGCAGAACUGGUCUAUCAUGUUUGAGUCUGAAAAGGCAGCUGUAGACUUCGGCAAACAGCUCUGCAUUGCCAAAUACAAUAGUAGUCAUUCCCCUGACUCGGUGGUCUACCAGGAUCUUAUCCUUGGAGAUGGACAAGGUGUGGAAGUAGGGGACUCGUUGGAGGUGGCCUUUACGGGUUGGCUAUUCCAAAAUGGUGGACUUGGACAGGUGUUUGAUUCAAAUGUGAACAAGGACAAGUUUCUACGCUUGAAAUUGGGCUCAGGCAAAGUCAUUAAGGGCUGGGAAGAAGGGAUGAUUGGUCUAAAGAAAGGAGGAAGGCGUUUCCUUGUUGUCCCUUCAGCAUUGGCUUAUGGCUCUCAGGGAGUGGCAAACCGCAUCCCUCCGGACUCAUCCCUGGCUUUUGAGGUGGAUGUCAAGCGUGUGAGACUCACAAAAGAUUCAAGCUCUAAUGGACAGAGUCUGGGACCCAGGGAUUCCCUUGCACCGUCCUCGGGACCAAGUCCAGAAAACCUGGUGACUGAUGCAGCAGCAGCAGGGCCUCCUUCCACACUUCCUCCAAAGCCAGGGGAACCACCUCUGAGAGCCAAAUCCAACUCUAUCAGUGAACAAUUAGCAAAUCCUGAUGUAGCAAAAGCGAAACUGAUUUCACGUAUGGCAAAGAUGGGACAGCCCAUGUUGCCUUUUCUGCCAGGCACUGCUCCAGCUGCACUUGACUCAAGUGACUCAGAGGUAGAGGACCCAAACACCUUGCGUGGAACAGUACCACCUCCAGCCUCCUCCCCACUAAAGCCAUCCCCUCAAACAGCCCUGCCUCAGAUGACUGCACAAGUGCCUCAGCCGGCUGUCUCUGGACUCCAGGUGCCCUCAGCAGCAAUGAUGCCUGCUGCCCUGCAGUCUCAUCCAGCAAUUCCUGGGACUGUUCAGAGCUUUCAGCCCUAUGCAGGGAUGACGUACACCUAUCCACAAACCUCUGCUGCAGCAUCUCAGCUCCAGCCUGUUGGGGCGAUGUACCCAGCACCCUUCCAAGCAGCUGGAGAUAUUGGUUCAUUCCUGAUGACAGAGGCACGGCAGCAGAACACCGAAAUCCGCCUAGCUGUUGGCAAAGUGGCUGACAAAAUGGACCAGCUGCAAGCCAAGGUGGAGGAACUGCAAAAGCAACAUUCAGGCCACAGCCUGUUGCCAGGCAUUUCGUCUGUUACUAUGGAAACUGCCAUGAUCAUGAACAACAUCCAGCGCAUCAUCCAGGAGAAUGAAAGACUCAAACAAGAAGUCUUUGAGAAAAGCAGCCGCAUUGAGGAACAAAAUGAGAAGAUUAGUGAGUUGAUUGCCCGCAAUCAAAAGUAUGUGGAGCAGAGCAACCUGUUGAUGGAGCAAAGAAACAACUCACUGCAGUUGAACACCGAACAUACGCAGGCGAGGGUCUUGCAUGCUGAGCAAGAGAAGCACAUGCUGCCACCGGAUCAGAGGUGGGACCAGGUCAAGGUUGCUGAGGAGCUGGCUUCUGCUACUGCACAAAUUUCCCAGCUUCAGCUGGAGCUGACUGAUCACCAGAAGAAGGAGAUGGGCUUGCGUUCUCAGCUGAACACAGCUUUGAAGGAGGCAGAGAAACAUGGGGCACAGAUCAACCAGCUGCAGGCACAGUUGGCUGAGCUCCAGGAAUCGUCAGAAGACACCAAGAGCAAAUUCCAAGCAGAGAAACAAAGCCGCAAGCAGCUGGAUGGGAAGUUAUCAGUCUUGGAGGAAGAAUUGGCUGACCUCCGUGUGGAGAAGGAGAAUUUGGAGAAGAAUCUCUCUGAGAGGAAGAAAAAAUCUCUUGUAGACAGGCAACAGGCUGAAGAGGAGAUGGAUGAGAUUCGCAAAUCUUACCAGGAGGAGCUGGACAAACUUCGGCAGCUUCUGAAAAAGGCCCGGACCUCAACCGACCAAGCAGCUUCAGAGCAGAUGGCCCUGAUGCAGUCAGAGCUGGAGUCCCAGUGGGAAGCCAAAUGUGAGCGCCUGCUUAGUUCUGCCAAAGAGCAACAUGCCCAUCAGUAUCAAGAAGUGUGUGAGCAGAGGGACGCUCAGCAGCAGAUGAUCUCCCAACUGGAAGAGAAGAUUUCCCAGCUCAAAGCAACCAGGAGCUUGGAGGAUGAGAAGUUAUCAGAAUUGCAAGAGCAAGUGGAACAACUAGAGCCUGUAAAAGCCAAGUGCUUGACCCUGCAGUCCCAAAUAGCUGCUCUGAAGGCCCACUAUGAAGAGCAGAUCCAGGCGCUUGAGAAGGAUACAGGCCGCCAGUCAUCUGGGGGUUCAGCUGAAGAGGUGAAGAAGAUCAUGAAUGGGGUGUUUCAGUCUCUGCGAGGUCAGUUUGAGUUGGAGGAGUCCUAUACUGGCAGAGUGGUCCUUGGCAUCGUCAUGAACACCAUUAAGUCAAUAACUUUGCAACUACUGGAGAGAGACAAGGAAAAGAGUGUCAGCAGUGAUGAAGAGGGAGGGUCAAAUGCUGCAGCAAGGCAACAAGCAACCCCAGCAAGCCCUGACAAGGAACACCCAAAUGAUUCCCCUCAUGUUCCACCAGCAGUGGCAUCGCCUGUGCCUUCUAUGUGCCUCGAGAAGGAGUCAGGUGAUAGUCCUCUUCCAGACAGUGGCCAGACCAGACUGGCAUCUUCAGCCUUGGAAAGCCAUGAUGAGCAGCCUCCAUUAGCUUUGGAUCAAACCAUAAAGCCUCAUCUAGGGCUGGAGAUCAGUAAAGAGAAAAAGGAGCAGCAGGAGGAGGAGGAGGAGGAAGCAAAAAACAAAGAGACUAUUGCCUCUGAACAAGGGAGGGCAAGCACUCAGGCUGAAACAAAAACAGUAGAUACUGCCACUCCUCUUCUGGAGUCUCCAAAGGCUGAAGCUGAGGAGAUAGCACCUACAAUAGACCAGGACAAAGGAGAAGAGAGUUGUCCAGAUAUUCCAAGCCAAAAUUUCCCUACCUCUGCCCCUCCUACUACAACCAGCAAACCUGACUCAACUGUUGUGCAACAAACGUCAGCGUCCAGCCCAGCUCGAAUGGAUUCCAGCCUCCUUGAUGAUGAGGAUAGUUUGUUUAAAGCUGCAACUUAUAAGCCGUCUGCAUUAGGAGGACCCCUAGAAGAGGAGGAAGAAGAAGAAUUGAGUUUCAAGGGACGGCCUCCCCCAACCCCACUCUUUGGGGACGAUGAUGAUGAUGAUGAUCUGGAUUGGCUGGGCUGAGCGGCUCCACAAGAGACAUGAGGAGACUUCAGAAGUGCGAAGCAGUCAUUGGUCUGGGCUGAAAUGGUUGGAACUGUUCUUUGUAUGGACCUUCUUGGGUUGCUCUUUCAGGACUGGAGACAUUCUGACUGUUACUUGCACUCGUUGGGGUGAGAGCUCCAUCGCUCUCUGUCUGGACUGACCCUCGGAAGCAGCCUCUUUCUCUCUCUGCAUGACCGUGGCUGUCCUAACUGUGCAUCUCUCCCUACUACUAACUGAAAACUACUUAUGCAAACAGAUCUCUUCACAGAAAAAGUGGUGAGGGAUUGCAAUUCUGUCCCACCCACUGCAGGUUUUUUCUGCAUGUGACACAAAAAUGAAGGCUCUGAGGUGCUAGAUUUCCCCUAUCUGUCUUUCACCCCAUACGCUCUUGAAACGUUUUCAACCUCCAAACUCUAGUCUCUAUCCCCAUUGCUGCUGGACACAAUUUGAGGAUAGUUUCCUAGAUAUUCUCCUUGCACAAGAAGAACGCAUUCUUGAAAGGUUCUUUCUCUUUGCAUUGUGGUAAGAACGGGAUCUAUGCCAUUGGCACUUCGUGUAUGUUGUUGCUGUGAUGGAAUUAAAUUCCCGGGGCUUCCAAAGGCCAAGAGACCUGUGUUGUUCCAUCCAGUUGAAAGACUAGCAGUUUCACCCUGCCCUCUUGGCCCUGUACUGACUUUUCAAUCCAUUUAGCCAGAUUUGUGCCAGGUGGGAUGUAAUGACUGCAGAUGUUGCCAUGAAACCCAUUGAAACAUUAUGCUGUUUCUUGCUCUUAAGUGGUUGCUUUUCACCUCAAAGUUAUCUUUGUUCUGUCCUCUCCAUGCAAAAGAGCCAUUCUUUGUGAAACCACCCAACAUACAUACGUCUCUGGGAUGGGACUGUUCGCUGGUUGUGAGCUAGUGUAUGCCCAGGCAGAGGUAGACAUUUUUAACUGGGUUUGUGGAGUUAGUAUCUUUCCGUUAGCCUUUCCAUUUGUGGGGUAGGGGAAGGGAAAACAACAGUAUUCAAAAAGAAUAAGUACACAGGUUUGUUGUAAGAGUAGGUUGGACAUCUUCAGCCUUUCCAAACUCUGGGCAACCACAAUCUAGCAUCAAGCUAAAAAAGCAGUUCUUUUCUGCUUCAGCCAAGACCACAUGGCAAGAUCUCUGCUAUAAUUCUGCCUAGGGAAGGAACUCCUGAUCCUGUCCACGGCCUAUACAUGCUUGGCUUACAUGUGGGCCACAAUUUCCCAGAAAAGCUAUUAAAGGUGGUGCUAGCUGGGGAAGAGGUUGCCUUCAACAUAAUGAGAUUGUUGGUGGAAUGUGAGGCAGCACUGGAUUUCAGGAGUGGCAGGUGAUUCUGCUGCUAUGGGGACAGUGAAUCCAUUCUUGAUUCCACCACUACCACCAGUCUUCCUGCAACUGUUGAAGUUGAAUAGGAAUUCUGGUCCUGGGUGAGAGGUUUGACAACAGGAGAGCCUUACCAACUUGCAGGAGUGAUGGUAAAAUCAAGAGUGGAUUCAUUGCCCAUUCCUUGUGGCAGAAAUUAUGUGACUUCUGAUCUCUCUGCCUGCAAACAUGAUGCAUCUUAGCUUUAGAAUGGGUGAGGAAAAGGAAAUCCGCACAAACACAUUUUUCUUUCUCUUUUAAAAAGUAGCCUGUCCAGUGCAAUAAAAAAUCUGCAGGGAAAUGAGUUAGGUCCCCCAACCCUGAUGUGGCUUAAUAAUCUGACAAAAUCAAUUCCUCCAGUUGUAACCUCCCCUCCUUUUUGCCUCCAUUGCAGUGGUGGCGAGGAGUUGCUCAGAAUAAUCUCACUUUGAAAGCAGAACUUACAAAUGCCGUGACUCAUCUUUCCUGUUGGAACCUUGGUGGAAUCUGAUAAACUGAUUUCAUGUCUUGAAAAAUAAAAGUGCAAUUAAAGUGAUUUAAAUCUC